AUGGCUCCUCCUCCACGUUUGCGCAUUCUGUCCGUUGGUGGCAAUGCGAUUUCUGCCUUUCUCUCAUGGCGACUGCAGGCGACAACCUCCUGCGAUGUGACUUUAGUCUGGAAAUCAGGCUUUGACGCUGUAUCACAAUAUGGUGUCUCAUUCAAAUCCAAAGCAUUCGGCAACGAGCGAUUUAAGCCCCGACAUGUCGUCCGUGCCCCCGAAGAAGCAUCCUCUCGCGAAAAUGCCUACGACUAUGUCAUCCUCUGCGUGAAGGCCCUGCCCGAUGUCUACGAUCUGGCCUCGGUGAUCGAAUCCGUGGUUACUCCCCAACACACAUGUAUUCUUGUCAACACCACAAAUACCCUCGGUAUCGAGGCUCAUCUCGAGCAACGGUACCCGACCAACGUCAUCCUUUCUCUGGUUUCCAACGUCGAAAUCUCCCAGACCGGCCCUAGCGAGUUCGAGCACCUGAGCUCGAGCGAGAUCCAUGUGGGCGCAACCAACAAACAAACCUCCAUUCCCACCUCCAUCCAGAAUGACAUGGCAGCGGCAUUGGCGAUGACUCUAAAUUCCGGCCAGGUUGAUUGCAAGGUCUCGGAGAAUAUUCGUCAGGAGCAAUUCGAGCGAAUGAUUGGCCCGAUCGCGUUCCAUCCUGCCAGCGUUCUGUUCGAAACCCCCAACCACACACAACUUCUCGAGAAAACGGGCGUCCGUCAAGUGGUAACAGGCAUCAUUGAUGAGUUGAUGGAGCUUGCCUCUGCCCAGGGCUGCUCAUUCCCCAGUGAUUUCCGGGAGAAGACGAUCGAAAAGAUGACUGCCACGGAUGCUCCGACCACGAUGUACCAGGAUUUCCAGGCUCGCCGCCCGAUGGAGAUUGAGACUUUCCUCGGAUCCCCGAUCAAGCUGGCCCUCGAGUCCAACACUCGCGUGCCCCGGAUUGAAUCCCUGUACGCAAUGAUGCACCACGCCAAUAUUGUCAACCAAAGCAAGCCCCGGCAGGAAUCCCCGCCUGCAUCAGUGAUGGGCCAGCCCCCUCCACGAUUGUCUUCCGCCCCUCCACAGCAGCGUCCUAUGAUGAACGGGGGACCCAUGAACGGCGGACCCCCACCUAUGCGAGCCAGCCGCACACCCUCAGGCAUGGUCAUUCCCCCACAAAGACGUGGCCCGCCCCCAGGCAUGAUGCGUGGACCUCCCCCAGGUGGACCGAUGGCACCCCACAACCGAAUUCCGCGCGACCCAUCAUUGGAGGGGCUCGAAGAGUUCAGCCAUUUGGUGGUAUACGACGAGUCCGGCGAGGGUAUCCCACACCAGAAUGGCAAUGGCGCUCUUGAGCCUGGCGCGGCACCAGUGUCGGAUAUAGCGUUACGGGAGCGGGAGUUGGCUCUUCGUCAACGAGAGCUGCAGAUCCGGGAACAGGAGAUGGGCCUGCGCCGGGGUCCUCCUGGUCCUGCACGCCGUGGACCGCCCUCCCGGGCCCCCACAGCAUUUGACGAAGAAGACGAGGAUUACUUCGACCCCAUGGAUACCAUGGCCGUCCCUCACAUCGACCCCGACAGUGUGGACAUGAUGAGUAUGACUUCCCGCCGAGGCCGCAAGGGCCCCAGUCACAGUCAAUUCCGCAAAAACCCCGAAUUUUCCGUGUCCGCCCCUCCUAGCCGUCCCUCCUCAUCAGCCUUCGGGCGCUACUUUGGCAGGAAGCGCGCGAGCGAUCGCGUGAUGCAAGAAAUCCCGGGUCUCCACGAUUCCCUCAUGGACAACCCGAUGAUGAGCUACUCUUCCAACAGAUAUGGUGCCGUUGACCGAAACCAGAUGAACAUGGACUCGCGAGCCAACUCCCUCACGGCCAGCCACAUGGGUGACUACCCACCGAGGCCCUUCCCGACGAGCCGGCGUAACAGCCAGUCUCCUGGAACUCCCCUCGGCGGACCCCCAGGGCCCCCCGGACCCCAUGGUCCUCCUGGACCAGGCCCCCGGAUGGGUCGGCCCCCAACCGCACAUGACCACAGCUUUGGACCCCCUAAUGGACCUCACGGUCAACCUUCCCCCCCUGGUAACAUGCGAACGCCGGUGCCGCGGUAUCCUCCUGGACAUGGAAACGCGGUAGGGCCGCAGCAAGUUGAACAACACUAUGGGGUGAGCAACACGUUUCCUGCCAAGGGCCCUCUUAAAAACAAAAGUCUGACCGGAAGUGCGAGCGCCAGCGCGGAGAGUGGUGAUAGCGGAGCGAGUGCGAACCUCGACUCUGAGCCUUCAUCUCAUAGCAGUCAAGUCAGCCUGGGCCAGGGCGUCGCAGCACCUGUUCGCUGA